GCCGCAAAUACUCUUUGAUAAAAUUUAACUCGAAUCAUACUCAAACCACUUUGGAAAACUUUGCUUCAAGGAUGUUAUAAAUGCCAAAUCUUCCAAAGCGCAGAGAGACUACAGCAUCUGUUACGAUUACUUACAUGACAUAGCAGAUACCGCUGGACAGGUCUCAGAAAUAAACAAUACCACCGUCUCGCCAUCGUGUCCUCUCUGGAGCGAAACGCAAAGAGUAAGGAAAGUCCGCUGCAAACCCUUGCACGCGCUCGGCUGUCGGCGACCUUCGAUCUUGGUGAGUAUUUCAUACAGAUAUCAGCCUCAAACUGACCUUAACUGUGCCAGUUUUAAAGUUUCUCUCCACGGGGGCUAACCGAAGAUUAUAUCUAGAGUCUGUGUUAAAAACAAAGUGAAAUCGAAAUCGAUCAGCAUAGUGUCAUGCGAGGUUCUCCCGAUUCAACCUUUGACAACGACUACUGAAAACAUUUGCUUUAAAGGUAACAUAGAAGUAUUCUUUUUUUGUUUGCAAUCGAUAGAAAUUCGAAUUCAAAGCGUAGGGUUUAAAACCAAAGGGUUUGAGGUUUAAUUUAUGCUCGUUUGGAUAUUUUUGUGUAUCAAAUUAUGCAGGUUGAAUUUCUCAAAAAAAAAGACCAGAUACUGAAAGCUUGAAACCUAAAACGUUGUCUGUUUGACCUUGAGCCAUUUAAAUGUUUCGCGAAAGUAGAAACCAAAAGCCCCAAUAAAACUGUCAAAUUUUAUUUCAGAGAUAGCUGAGGUUUAGACCGCUGUACAACCUGGUUUUAAAAUUUAUUUAAGGAAACCAACAUUGCUUUUGAGCACUUAAUGGACUAUGAAUUUCUUGAGGAUGAGGAUCUUUUAAGCGGGUUUUUCAGAUCUCAGUUUUUGUGGUAAAUAAAAAUCUAAGAAUGAGCGCUCAAAGAAUACCGAGAUUCGAAGAGACAGCUGGAAUGUUUUGCAGAACCAUGCCAAUUUGCGUAUGAUGAAUCCUAAUAACUUAAUAUGCAAAUAUUGGCUUCAGCACUCAUGAAAACCUGAUCGUAGCAUGUGGGUUUCUAAAAUUGAUGGGGAGUAAUGAAAUAUAAUAGCAGAAACCGCUUAAGUCAUCUGGAGCGGACAUCGGUCGGUGUUUGUUAUAAUCGGAAAGAAAAAGAGUGCGUUUAUUCGAGGAAGCAAUCUUGUGCGGUCCGCCCUCAAUCGAAACCGUUGAAAGGGUAUGUUGCGUGACGUUACACAUGUGAUUUGAACAAAAUUAAGAGAUACAUUAAAUUGAGAAUUUUUAAACAAAUGCGACUCGUUUCUUUCCUUAUUUUACUGGCUAAAUUCUAGACUGAAUAAUCCAUCUUAAUAGAUGAAAGUAUUAUAGUGUACCAAGUACAGUGGAUUUUGGAUAACGCAAGGGGAACUACGGAAUCUAGAGUUCAGAGUAAAACUAGACUACAAGGUGAUUGCGUAGUUAUGGUUUUUAUUAACUAUUUCUAAAACAAACUGUGGUGGUGGAAUUUUGUGAGAUGUUAAUUUUAUUGUAAGAGCCUACAGGGCCGUACAGAUCAUGUAAUAAACAUCUUACCACUUUAAGCAAUCUCGGGAUGUCUGCUGAUCAAAAGAAAUAUUUAGAAUGACAUGUUCUUGUACCGAUAAUGCAAAAGGUAUCUUUUCUUUCAGGUGUCAAUUACCAUAUUAGAAUAUGAAGUUUUCUCGUUGGACGUUCCCUCUUUUUGUCACUGUCUUGAUCCCUGCAGGUACGUGCAUGAUGUCUAUUAGUUUACAGCUAGUUUUAAAAUUUUUAUGAAGAAAUGUUUUAUGGAAAUCAAACGGCCAGAACGGCCUAGAAGUGAAGUUUAUGACAGAACUCAUCGUUACCGGGAGUCUAGCUGAGGAACAAGUAAUGAGGGGGAUCGAAAUGCGGAUUAGUUGCGUUAGAACGGCCCAGAGAAUCCCUAGGGGAGAGCAUGCACCUCGUUAAAGAUGGCGGACGGACUGUUAAUAUGGUAGAUCAAUGAGUGAGUUGCCAGUAGUCGGAUUCUUGUGUUUGCGCAAAGAUUUCUGAGAUCACCACGGGGCAAACAUUGCAACUUGCUUGAAGGAAAUAUUGGCGAAAGGUUUUUUUGACGUCCAAAAAACGAUUAUGGAGAGAGAUCAACGCUUUUUCGCCGCAGUUUUAUCGCAGAUUAUCAAUAAUGAUGUUGAUGCGAAGGAUGCGUAAAUUUUUGGUAGGAUUACCACCAAAUAUGUUAUAAAGUGUACAGAUAAACUUUUUUCCUUAAGCAAGGUCUAUUGUGAAAUCUUCAUCGCGUAGUGGUCUCGACAUGUUACAAGAUUAGCCAUAAAUCGCCAGGAAAUAAGUCAUUUACGACUUUUCGGUUGUAUUUAUGUAUGUACAGCCUGUUUUUACACUUGUUAACGAAUUAAAUAAUCUCCAGCUGCCUUGAAGACUAGCUGUUGUAGCGCUCUUUUGUUUUACCGAGCCGAGAAAAAAGCUAGAAGUAGACUUUACAGAUGUCAAAAAAACUGAAAAGGCUUUGUUGAGUUAUUUCUUGGCGAUUGAUAGCUAACGUUUUUGACGAGACCAUUACACGAUGUGAAUUUCACAACUAAUAAACUUUGCGCACGGAGAAAAGUCAAUCGGUAGAUUUUACUGCAUAUUUCAUGGUUCUUCAAACAAAAACUUACUCUUCCUAUUUGUCAGUAUCACCCAAAUCCAUUUCUAAUGAGAAAAGCGGCAAAAAAGCGAUAAUCUCACCCCAAGAUCGUUUUUUUGGACGUCGAAACAACCUUUCGCUGCAGAUUUCUUUCUAGCAAGUUGCAAACACAAGGAUCCGAUUACUGACAAUUCAUUCAUUGGGGAUUACUUCUGUGGGGAUGACGGCUAAAUUCUGUUUAUUGGAAUACAGGAUCAUUUUCUUUUAGCACAAUCACUGUAUUUUCUAAUUGUAUUCCACGGGUUCACCACAGUGCCACAUUGGUUUUCUGUCUUCCAUGUACGUUUGCGAAUCGUACUUCACAUCAAAUUGAAAUAGCUUAAUGGAAGUCAGACCAUCACCAUUUUCCACGCGAAGGGAUGGUUGGCAGGGGGUGCUAAUCUGCGGGCUGCGAAGAAGGAAAAACGCAAUUUUUACCAACAUUUCUUGGCGUUGAAAAAAGGAAGGGAAACCUUUCCUCAUACGGAGAGCUACAAUUGGUAGAAAUACCAUUUAAAAAUGUCUUUACCUAUUUUUGCCGAUAUUUUCUCGCAGGUUUUUAUCUUAAAAAGCCGCUUUUGUUCCUUUCAGCUUGUGCUCUUCAGUGCAAUGAAUGUCAUUUUGAUACUCAAUUAAAUCAGAACGCUUGCAACACUACCGUAAAGAAUUGUCCGAAAGACUCGCCAUUCUGCAUGACACAGUCAGACCGCAGGCCAGAUGGAAGCAGGACAUUCACGAGGGACUGUGUACCCCCUAUGGUUUGCAGAAAGGGCUAUUGCGAGGAAGUGAUCAUAAAGGGAAUAGGACGGACGGAUUGUAACAUCACCUGCUGUCAGGAAAAUUUUUGCAACAGGGACGGCGCCACAACAGUUGGCAGCAAAGGAAAUAUGACACGUACCAACUGUAUGUUAGAAUACUUUCUCAUUAUUGUAGGUAUCUGGUUUUCUCUUCUAGGAAGACAGUUGCAACUUUAAAAAGUUUAUUUUAGCUUUAGGCAGUUUCCUUCGAAUUCGCAGCCUUUGUUGGGAUCGUCAAGUAACACACUUCAUCCCUCUCUAAAAGCAAAUGUUGCCAAGGGAGUUGGAAUUCGGUGAUGAAGAAAGAGUUAAGGAUUUACUUUUCUGUGCGUCACGCUUUACUAACUGUACCAGCCAUUCUUACUUUUCUGGAAAUCUUGACAACAGAGUCAAUUUUCUCGUUACCAACUCUUUUCAGCUUAUCACAGUUUGUGAUGAAUAAGCCCGAAUAAAUUGUUCAUAAACCAACAUAUAUGCAUAAGCCCAAAGGGCAAUAGCAAUUCGUAGUCUUUUAAAAAAAAUGAACGAGUGCUCAAUCAUUCCGAAUGGCACCCGAAAAUCAUUGUCGUAUAAACUGAAUUAAACCUUGAACACUGUUAUUGUUGUCACGUAAGCUUUGCCAUGCGGUCAUGUUGUAAUCAUAAGCGCGCGCAAGUCACAUGGCAAAGACUGCAUUCGGAACGCCAUUUGGAAAUAUAGUUGUGUUUGAUUAUUGAAACACUGUUACUCGUCUGUCCGCAUUCCUUCGUUCUCCUUACAGCCGACAUCGGCGGACGCUGAACUACUUCUUCUCUUCUCUAAAUUACGUCCCUUCUGCUUUGUGUUACCUAAAAACUGCAGUUCUCUCAUUCCAGUCAGAAUGAAAAAAAAUUUCAUUUAUAUUAUUGUAGAUCAAACAUUCUGGAUCUCUGCUUGUUAAAAUCUCCCCUAAAAUUUUUUAUAAACAUAUACACACAACAAGAUAUGUCGUUCACGAGGCAAAGUAGAGUGUGUCACUGACAUUUUUACCACAUUUUUAACUCUUGUCUAUUCAAUUACUGAUGAGGUGACAUUUGUUUUAUUCAUAUGAUUAAGAAGGGUUUAUUUAGUUAAUACUGACGUCAUCUAUUUGUGUCUCCUCCAAAAGAACAUAGGUAAGAACCAAUCAAAAUUCGUGUAAAAUUCAGCUUAUUGUAUUACGUAUAUAACCCUGUCGUGCUCUCAUCAAGUCUCGCAAAUGUUGACAGAAAAAGAUCAUUCAUCGAUUCGCUAUAUUUCUGUGGAAUCACGAAGAUUUCUAAAGCCCUCGCAAUGUGGUUGAAUGAAAAAUAAUUCUCUUUUUUCACUUUUACAGGUACUACAAAGAGCAAAGUUAAAAUAGUGCUAAAAAAAGCCGAUGUUGUUGUUUGCAAUUGCAAACUUUCGAAAUAAGAAAGACCACGUGUAUUUUCAUUGGUACUCAACAGAUUCUGUGAGCUUGUUGCCUUUUACACAACCACAGGAUACGCACGAGACCCAUUGCAUGAAUUUGAGAAGUGGACGAUGGCUCUUGAAAACUGUGACAAGUUCUUAUUGACGUUUUUAGAACAUAACUACUUCCUUAGAAUGGACGACAUUCUCCAUUGUGUUUCAAGAGACGCUAAGUUGGCAAAUAUGAUUGUCCAAUAUCGUUCUUCAGCAGUGUGGCAGAAUAUGUUGUUUGCCCCUUUCACGCCUGGAAAAUCAAUUGAUUCAGCUUAAUCUUAAAUUAAGUAAUAUUUCUUGUUUAUAGUCACAACGAUACCGUGCCAUAUCAGGUCAGUGCCUUGAUAUCGUGUAAUAUCAGGACAGAAAACCAGGCUUUAGAUUGGCUAAUUGCGAGUUUGGGUACGGUAAAAAGUAAUAACGCACGAAUAAGCAGUCGUUCCCCGUAGCCUCCCCUUGUACCGUUCCUUAAUUGGGGGUCUCCAUGCGGUUCUGCGUCAGCCGUAAAAGUGAACGGCCUCAAAUUUACCCAAGGCCCGUGAUAGCCACUUCCGCUUUGAGGCCUGCCCUCCAAUCUUGACUCAACUCAGUUGACAACUAUUUGGUGUCGCAUAAUGAGACUAUUGGUCGGAAAUAUUUGAGCUGAAGAAAUACCAGUUCAGUUUAAUAUACAUCCUAAGGCAGUAUUGAAUAUUAAUGCCUGUGAAUAUCUGAAAAUCAUACAUGUGCAUUGCGGUUGAAGAAACAAAAAUAGAAUCGAUCCUCGCAGUUAUGAACACUACUGAACUAGUAGUUGAAAUAAAGCCUGAAAAAAAUUCAGGCUCGUACGGGAUAUGAACCUAGGACCUCUGCGAUACCGGU